AUGCAGGUUCGCGAGCAGCACAUGCUCAGAUUCAAACAGUUUCUGGUAGAUGAGCUGAAGGUGUGUAACGAGGCCGAGGCCAAGAACCGCAUAUUCUUUAUAUCGGCACGUGAGAUGCUCGACGCGAGGAUGAAGGCGAAGGGAUUGAUCCAUAAAGCAUAUCAAAUGGACGGUCAUCAGUAUCGCGCGAUGGAGUUCACGAAUUUUGAGUCGCAGUUUGAGCAAAUCAUCUCAAAGUCGGCAAUCAACACGAAAUUCGAAGCGCAUCAGAGACGCGCGCGUGAGAUCGUGGCCGCGAUGCGCGCGAAUAUCGAGAUCGUCAACAAUGUGGCGGCGAAAAAACGUGAGUCGCUGGAGGAGGAAUUGCGUUCGAAAGAAGAAAUAUUUAAGCAGUGUUAUAGUAACUGGAAGGAAUUUGAGAGGAACGCAAUCGUCGAGGUGAAGCGCUUGAGGGCUGAGGUGCAUCUAAAAGUGUCAGCAGAUUUCUACGAAGAAAUUUAUCGCCUGGAAGCGAUAAUCGAUAAAUUUGAUUAUAAAUUUGUUGACGAGCCGAGGUUUAUUAAGGAUUAUAAAAAG